UUGUAAUAGUAAGGCUCAUCUGGCUCAGUAUGAUGUACUCACUAUGACGAAUACAUGGCUACGAUGCCUCCUCUCUAUCCUCCUAGGCGUGUCGUUGUCACUAGCUACCGCUUCCGCAACAAGACCUCAUAUUAUAUUUAUCCUCGCCGAUGAUUUGGGUUGGGACGACGUGGGUUACCAUGGCUCGGUCAUGAAAACCCCAUAUAUCGAUGCAUUAGCUGCAGAAGGCGUGACACUGGAGAACUAUUACAUGCCUUCACUGUGUACGCCCUCGAGGAGCGUGUUACUGACUGGCAGAUAUGAGAUCCACACCGGCUUGCAGCAUGGAACAAUACUGAUGAUGCAGCCACUAUGUCUACCGCUCGAUGAAAUCACGUUACCACAAAAGCUGAAAGAAGAAGGAUACGAUACGCAUAUGGUUGGGAAAUGGCAUCUGGGCUUUUACAGAAAAGAAUGUUUGCCAAAUAACAGAGGGUUUGAUUCAUUCUUGGGUUUUUACCAAGCAAUGGGAGACCACUUUUAUCAUAACAUCAGCGCCUCUCCGGGACAUUUUAACGGGUUCGACUUUCGUCGGAACAAUGAUGUCGUGGCCGAUCAGUACGCUGGCAAGUACUCGACGCAUAUACCCCUUUUUCUAUAUCUGUCAUUCCAAGCCGUCCAUACACCGCUACAAGUGCCCUCCCGGUACGCCGAGCUGUACAACGAUCUCAUUCCAAAUGACGAAGACAGGCGCAUUUACGCUGGCAUGGUUACGUGCAUGGACGAAGCAGUCGGCUAUGUUACCACUGUGUUAAAACAGAGUGCAUUAUGGGAGAACAGUGUGGUAAUAUUUUCCACAGGUAAGUAG